AUGUUAUUAUUGUUGUUAUCAACAUCGACUAUAACACAUGCAGAAUUACCUAUUAACUCUGUUGAAUUGAACUCAUUAAGAUGGGUUGUUCAACAGUAUAGACUACCUUGGAGUAUGCAAGCAACAACUUGUUCAGGUAUAACAUCAUCUAUUGCCGCAUUGAUGUGUGUUAACAAUACAAUGGGCACACAAAGUAUUAUUCAAAUUAGGGCUACUUCAGAGACACUUCCACCACAAGAUAAUGGUAUACCCAAUCCUUCAUUGACCAAGUUGAUAUUCCCAUACUUGAAGGAAUUCCAAAUAUACAUGAAGUCUGAUGUUGUAAAUAAGACCUUUAAUAUCCUUGAUCUGUUGGACAAUGCCAACAAUGUAAACCUUACCAAGACAAACAUUGAUAGUUCUGAAUUCUCAAUUAGCUUUACUCCACUUUGGAUACCUCCUCAAUUCCCCAAGUUCAUACCAUUGAGUGAAUUUUAUUGCAAUAGAGUAUUGAUAACUUCAAUUAUUCCAGCAUCACUAUUUGGACCAACUUUGAGUGUUGUAUACUUUAGUGGUGCAUCAAUCUUUGAUAAUACAACUGUACCAACACCAAAGGUGAUGUUCAACUCUACGCAAUACAAUGGUAAACUUCGUCAACUUAGAUUGAUAUAUCCCAAGAAUCAACCUACGAGCAAGACCUUCUCAAUCGAUGCCGUCACAUUCCCAAAAUUGGAAACAUUAGCAAUUACAUUCAGUGACUCAAUGGAUAUCUAUGUAAACUCACCAACCUUGGAUACAAUUGAUAUAUCAAGUUCUAAGCUUUGCCAUAUUACAAUAAUGAACGCUACAAAUGUAACUAGACUUUUCCUUAACUGGGUACAGCCAACUUCUUUGGACCUUAGCCACAUGGUGAAGUUAUACAAUUUAUUUAUAAUCAAUGCCAACUUAACUACUUUCCCAACAUUCCAAGCCAUCAACCCUCCCAUGACCAGCUUAGUACUGGAUUAUAACCAAAUAACAUCAAUACCCAAUAUCCAAAUGCCCCAACUGAACUACUUUUCGAUUAAGUUCAAUCCAACUUUGAACUCAAUAUCAGAGACAGUAUGUAGGUCGGUGUUAUUCUUCCUAAUUGGAUCCCCCUUGGUCAAUGGUCCCGACUGUCUCUACUGUUACUACAAGGUGAUCAAUGAAAUGGCGUUGCCAACAUCAUUUAUCAAACCACCUGGAUUCAUUUGCGAUAUUCAAAUGGACAAGACAUUCUAUGUACUCACAGAGAAUAUUACUUGGAUUGAGAUCACUGGAAAGAACCUUGGAGGUUACUUCUAUGAUUCUGAUGACCAUGAUUCAAAUUAUAAUGCAAUUGUACCAAACUACAGGAUAAAAUAUGAUCCACCCUUCCCAGAAGGAUCAGCCAACAUAAUGAUAUCAAAGAAUAGUAGUUAUUAUAGGACCAUCUCCUGGGUCACUGAUAAAUCAACAAUUGAUGGUAAUAAUAUUAUUGCAGAGUAUAGUUCAAAUCUACAAAGACUUGAGUUGACUAUUCCAGGUAUAUUCAAUACCACAUAUAACUACACAAUCAAUGUGAGCAACAAUCAGCAAUGCCAGGUCAACUACAUUUCCACCAAUCUGAUCAGAUGCUCGACCACGCCAAUCCAGCUCACACAAGAGUAUCCUGUAUUCGUCAAUAUUUCAAGUCCCUACCUUUCAUUCAAUCAAUCAAUCUACAUCAAUUACUACCCUUUGGUCACUUCCAUCCCACCUAUAUUGGCCAAUCAAACCAAUGUAACGAUAUAUGGCAACUUUGGAUACAAUGUGACUGGAAAUGACACCAAGGUUGUGAUUGAUAAGUUGAAUUGCACAGUGUUGGCAAUCACCAACUCAUCAAUAGUAUGCCACCUCGACUCUACAUUGAAUGCUGGUCCUGCCAACUUGACGAUUAGUGUUAGAGGCAGUAUAUAUACAUCAAGUUCAGAUCUCAUGGUGGUGCCAUUAGUAAUCAAGGAUCAAUGUGGAAACCAAUCCAAGUGUCAUGGCAAUGGAGUGUGUGUAAGAGGGCAGUGCCAGUGCUUUGCCAACUAUGGUGGGCUCACUUGUAAAUCACAGAUCAAUCCAAACACUGUCAUCAGUCUACCCGUGGUCGACACACCUACUACAAUGUUGACAUCCAACGUCUCUCAAUUCAACAUAUCCAUCGUGUCAAUCCAAGAGUUGGACCAACUUGAUCAUGUUGUCAAGGAGGUGCUCACAACGUCAUGGAGUAGGAUGGACUAUACCAAUGGUGCAUUGUCAAUCAAUCAGUACAACUUGAUCAACAAACAAGAUGACUACUUGGAUGUAAUCGUCCGUCUCCAGACAUCGUCAUCACUCACUGUUAUUCAAUUCGCAGGUACCAACACAACACUUGAUGCUCACUCAAUCAAGAUGUCGAUGAAGGUCAAUGGAUGGAGAUAUAGGUCCAACUUGAACACGUUGAGGAUCAUGGUCAAGAUGGACUCGGGAUUCACACAUCAAGACUCUGCCUGCCACCCGUCGUUGAUCAAGGGUGUCAAUCCAGUAGAUGGCAAUCUCCAAUAUGUUAAGAUGAACUACAAUGGAAUGCAAUUCUACGGCAGCUUCCUACCAGUCGGUCUGUCGGACGGCCGUCCAUUCUACUCAUUGAACGAACUGAUCAAUGACACAUACUUUGGCAUCCACCUGCCACAAUGCCAUCUGUGUGACAUUGAUCCAAACUUUGCAAUGCUGGUCGAUCCAGGCAAUGAUGAGGAACAUCCAGUGCUAUGUGGUGUGUCUGUUGUACAACAAGACGACAAGUUCAGCACAUGGAAGAUUGCUACAAUCGCAGUUGUAUGUGGUGUUACUAUCAUAGCCGCAGUAGGUGUAGCCUAUGUAGUCUUUAAAAAGAACAAACAGAUACGACUUGAAGACCGCAGAGUUGAGGCCAAGCUCAAAGAGAUGAGUACUGUCAGCAAAUAA